CAAAUGCUGCAAAUCAGGGCUUGUGCCUGGUCACCUGGACUGUCCAGAUUGGAGAACUGGUUAAUGAUCAUGCGGAUUACACUUAAAAGAACACCCUGGCUAUAUCUCCGACCCGCAACUCCCAACUGCAGGUUGUUAAACCGUAACCAGCACAGCCCGGCUUGGGAGGAUCCUUCCAGAUCAUCCAGCGCAAUCCAUUCAUUUUACAGAGGGUCCGGUUUGAUGUCGGGAGAUGGCACUGGGAACACAAGGUUCGGUCGGACGCCCUUUCUUUCCCUGCUUCUUUCUCUUCAAGCAAUUUAGAGAACCGAGAAUAAGGUUGGAACACGAGGAACAUACUUUUGUCCUCUCCGAGCUACCGUAGCCGCCCCUCCCGGAAAUACACUUUGCUCCCGCGCUCCGAAGCCUCACACCGGAAGUGAGCUUCUCUGGCAGGGACGCCCAAUGAACAGCCCGCCGCGGAUGCAGAUAAGAUGGUGGGCGCAAGUAGCGGCGCCGGCCUGGGCGGCCUCCUGGAGAACGCGAACCCGCUGAUCUAUCAAAGGUCCGGAGAGCGGCCAAUCACCGCGGGCGAGGAGGACGAUCAGGUCCCGGAUAGCAUCGACGACCGGGAGAUCUUCGACCUGAUCCGAUCCAUCAAUGACCCGGAGCAUCCGCUCACCUUGGAGGAGCUGAAUGUGGUGGAGCAAGUCCGGGUGAAAGUUAAUGAUAAGGAGAGUACAGUGGCUGUGGAAUUUACUCCCACAAUUCCUCACUGCAGUAUGGCAACAUUAAUCGGCCUGUCCAUCAAAGUUAAGCUGAUCCGCUCCUUGCCUGAAAGGUUCAAGAUGGAUGUUCACAUUACUCCUGGGACACAUGCCUCAGAACAUGCCGUGAACAAACAGCUUGCCGACAAGGAGCGGGUCGCGGCAGCUUUGGAGAAUUCCCAUUUACUGGAAGUUGUAAACCAGUGUCUGUCAGCUCGUUCCUAGCUCUCAGGAGAGAAGCCACCUCCUGAGGAUCCUGCAGCUCUCACCAGUCCAUAUGUGUUCUUUCUGCCUUCUACUUCCCCCACUUGUCACUCACACCCCGAUGUGUCUGAGGAAAACUGAACCCGGGAAAAACUGCCCACUGCAACCACUUGACAAUGGCUGUCUGGGUGGGCACAGGGGGAUCCAAGUAAAUGAGUUAUGUCACUGAAGAGGACACUGGAAAUAUUUUAAUAAACUUUAACUUAUACUUCACUGACACAAAAGGUUCCUUACCCCUGUGUUUUCUGAGGAGUUCUCAGGGUCAGGGCAAGGCAACUUCUGACCCCUCAUCCCUUGGCCUUCCAGCAGAGCUGGAGGGGGAGCAGCAGGGAGAUCCCCGAAGACCUGUGCAGCAGCCUCAGAAGGACGUGGUGGGAGGAGACUGGCAAGUGUAGGCCAAUGGCUGAGUUAGUCACUGGAAACCUGAGGGACGUGGGUGCCGGGAGCUUGCUGCUGGACUUGGAACCAAUCCUUAUGCCUGGAGCCCCUGGCCUGAGAUGGACAGCAGCCGCUCAUCUCUGACUGGCUGGCUUCCCUGGAGAGAAAUUGUCACUCAGGACCCCCUAAGAUCAUGCAGAUAACUCAAACAUUAUGCUUUAACAUUCUUCAAGUCUGUGUGGCAGAAUCAGGAGAGCCAGCCUUAAAAGACCUGGGUUCAGAUCCUACCACCAGCAUAUUGGGUAUAGCCCUGGGCCAAUCAAUAGUAAACAUAAGCACCUACUAUGUGCUGGGCCAUGCUAUACACUAGAGAAGUCAGCCAAUUCCCUCACAGUCACCGUCUCUGUAGGUAAGUGAGGGGUGGGUCAGGCAUGAAGAAAAAGCAAAGUGAGUGCCAUUUGGCCACAGGGGAUGACCAGAUACUGUCCUGGGCCCCUCCUAAAGUAGAGGCCGACAAGUGCUUGGCUCUGCAGGGCAGAGGCACAAGCUCUCAGGAGCGGGGGCAUCUCCUGCACUGGGGCAACAGGACAGGCUCCAAGCCCUUUGGAGGGCAUUCUCUACCCCAAUAAAAACACCGGCUUAGUCUAGAAUUGAAAGAAAUCCCUCCUGGCUCUGAUACCCGGUGUUCCCUUUGGUCUGGGGUCCUAAGAAAACACACUUGAUAAAAGUUCAGAGUUUGGCUCAGGUUUACACGUGGAGCAGCCAGAGAAUAGUCAAGUGUCUGGUUUCCAAAGUGUGUGCCAUAGGUGGCAGUUCAUGCUGCACUCGGUGGGGCACGACAGAGUCACGCAAGUGCUGUUUGAUGUACUGGCUGUGUGAACACAGGCAAUCACUUCCUCUCUCUGUGCCCUGGGCCCAGAUCUAGAUGACUGGCAUGUGUGCUGUGAGGACACGGUACUGCACACUCUGUUUUGGGCCGGCUAAGAUAGUGAAAUCAGUGACAUGGCCUCCGGGAAUUUAUAGUUCAAUGGGACAACAGUGGUGUCAAAAAAUAGAAACGGGCAGGGCUUCAGACCCCACACAGUAACAUGUUUUACUGUGCUUUUACUCACUUUGUAUUAUGUUUCCUAAUCAUGUUUUAAUCUGGUUCCAGCCCCACGUGGAAGGGUUAUGGGCCAUGUGUUUGACAUCCUCCAUGUACAGAUAAAUAUAAUGCAAAGUAAAGUGUAAAGGACAGGACAAAGAAUAGGAAAGACAAAAUCUGAAACCAAGUUUGAGCAGAGAGGGAGGAUUGGAAGGGUUUCCUGGAAGGGUUGGCUUCUGAAU